UCAAAUUAAUAGUAUGACUAUAAAAAUUAACCAUUAUUAACGAAGUCAAUGAAACGUGUCGGAUUCAAAGAUUUCAAUCAUGGCGUCCACGGUAGAGAGUAAAGUCGAAGAGCGGAAAGAUACAAACGAAAAACCCAUCGAUAGAGAGAAGACAUGUCCAUUAUUGCUGAGAGUGUUUUGUUCAAAUGGCCGACACAACAGCUUAGCAGAAUACAGACGAGGGAACACCCCCCCUAAUGAACUGCAAAUUUACACAUGGAUGGAUGCCACCCUAAGGGAGAUUGAUCGUAUGCAGUUAUAUGCAAAGCUGCCACUCCCACAGCAUCAGUACUUCCCUUUUGUGUUUCAUAUAUCAUACUCUGAGGCAGUCACACUGGCAGAGCACCAAAUGACAGCAAAAUUGUGCAGUGCCCCAGUUAAUGAGGGUUUGAUUCAAGUUCGUCAAAACUGUCACUUUAUUGUCCAAAGAGUGAAAGUGCCUUCUGAUGACCAUGCUAUUUGCAGACCCUUGCUUUGCAGAUUCAUCAUUGGAGACUAUCUUGACAUUGCCAUCACCCCCCCAAGCCGAGGUCCUCCACAGCGGCGCAUGCUGAGGCCGUACUAGUCAUUUCCUGUGAGGGUGUGUGGAGAGAUUUCAUUUCCAGAGAGGAUUUGAUGUGAAUGAGUCUUCAAGGAACUGAUUCUAUAAUUUUUUUUUUUAUCUGAGGUUUCUUUCCAGUAAGAAUAUUUUUGUUGAACGUAAAAUCAUCUGUUAUAUUUAGAUCCAAAUUUUGGAUCAGGACUUUCUCUAUGUAUAUUUUUUGUUCUUGGUUGGAACACUGUAAAAGCCAACUUUUGCAUUGGUAGUGUCAGUGAGAAUGAAUGGCCAUUCCUUUAUGACGUGAAUUGAAGUCUAUUCAAAGUUAUAUUAUGCUAAGGAUUGGGAAGCUUCGUUUUUUGUAAGAAAAGAGAUAAAAUUGAAAAAGGGCAUUUGAUUGCACUUUGACUAUAUCACUUUACUUUACUUUAUCCCUUGACAAAAAAGCAAUUCUCAAUAUGGUCCAGAUAGAUAGUGAUAAAACAUUAUUGUAAUUUUUAAAGGAGGUAUUUGGUGUUUUGGAAAAAUGCUAGUGUAAUUCCUAGAUGAUUUAGCACAGUACUGUGAAUUUGUAGUAUGUAAAAGAGUAUGUAUGAGCAUUUUAAUACAAAAAAUGUAUUUCAGUAUAAGAAUAGACAUUGGAAUACAGUGAA